GACCUUCACCUCCUGACCCAAUGACAGUAAGACCGCAACAUGGCGCUCCAAAGGAGGAGAAACAGCUUUUAUCGUACUUUGAAAAAUGUUGAGCCCGACUUGGACGAUUUGGUGCUUGACAGAGGGGCCGCUGCGACUGCACAGAAUAAAUGGUUGUUUGAAAUUGCCUGGGAGGUAGCCAAUAAAGGUAAAUAAAAUGUUAAUGUUGCAAACAAUACAAAACAUGAACCCUGUCACCGUCAGUCCUAACUCACUAACUCCAAAGCCAAUGUAUUGUACUGUAACGCUAGUCCUCAUAUAUGAUAAUAAUAUAAGUACUCUUACUCUUGUUCUUUAAUAUUACUUAGUCUUCAAUUUUAGAUUAUGCCUUACUAUAUAGAUAGUAUAUUAUUAUAAUUAUUAUUUAUUAUACUUGACUUAUAAUUAUAAUUAUAUAUACAGUAUAAUGCAGUGCAGUAUUUCAUUUAAAUUUAAAUAUAUUAAUAAUUAGUUUAAUUAACAAUUAUUACUAACUAAAUGACUAUUAAAUUGUAGGUACUUACGUUUAAAAAAUAAUUAUAAAUAAUUAUAAAUGUAUUAAAGUUGUAUAGAGUAAUAAUAGAGCAAACUUCAAAUGAAACAAGAAUCAACUCUCUAGCUUUAGUCUUUAGUGCUUUUUGAUCUAAAUUUCUAAAUCUAUGAAAUUUUUAUAAUUAUAAUGUGAGUUUGUUUGUUAUUUUUUAUGACUAGGCCUAUAGCCCUAUGCCCUAUGGGCUGCACCCCCACAUUUUGGGACCCAAUUCCGCUGACUUUGUCACGCGCUUUACUCUCCUAAUUAUGAUUUUAUACAGCUUUUAUAAUUAUGUUAUUUAUAUUAUUAAUAUGGACUCUACAGGUUUUUAAAUUAAAUUAUUCUUGUUUAAAUGCCUUCUAAUUUCACUCUAAAAUACAAGUUAUCAAAUAUCUUGAUGUGAAUAGGGGUAAUAAAAGAAUAUUUCAUAAGUAUUGGCAUCUUUCGCCAUAAAAAUGAAAAAUGGGGGGGGGGGGGGGGGGGGGGGCGUGGUCGAUAUGGGGCAAGGUGACCUUAUUGUAAUGCAGAUUACUUAGAUGAAAACUAAUGGCUGACAUGUCCUUGCUCAGUGAGAAUCAGCACAUUUAUAGAUCAAUAUGAAAAGGAGAGAAAGAAAUAAUAUGAAAAACAUAUAUUUUGAACAUCUUACCGAAUUUUGUAGGGAAAGAUGCCUUAUAUAUACAGUACCUAUGAAUUUCUAAUAUUGAGGUUGAUAGAAAAGGUAAAAAAAUUAUGCUGGAAAUCUAGGUCAAGAUGUCCACUACUGUAAAAGUAUGGAUGAAUACCACAAAUUUAUGAACAAAUGUCCUCUCAUCAAUGAAAAAGCACCAACAUCCAAAAUGUAAAAAAAUCUGAUUCUUCUGAGCUUAGGGUUUUGCCAAGGGUUGUCUUACCCUAAGUGCAGUGAUGUCACUUUGGAGAAUCCCAACACUGGACUUUGGGUGACAGGACCAACAGUUGGACCUAAACGAUGAGAAUGAUAACUUUCCGUUUUUUCACUUAGCGUUAUUCGCAUCAAAAACAUAACCUGAUGAUCGAUAACAGUUAAUAUGAAGUAAUUUAAAAUGAAAUUUUCCAUUCAGUUUUUAUUAAAAUUAAAAAAAAAAAAAAAUCAUCCUUGCUGAUACUCGAAGAUGAACAUGGGAAAAAGAUGUGUACAUGGUUAAAAGUGCUAUAUUUUUUUAUUGGUUUAAAACAAAAUACUUGUAUGCAACUCAUUUAUAUAAUUAUAAUGUCACAAUUUAAUGGGAUAUUUCAACAUAAUUUUCUGGGGUAGGGAUACUCCUAAUCCCAAUUUCAAUUAAAAAAUAAGAAAAAAAAAAAUUCCUGGGUAGGGGCCUACUUUCAAACCAUCUCAGUACUUCCCAAAGUCAAAAAUUAAAAAAUGAGAAGAAAAAAAAGUAUCAAAUAAAUACAGAGCUAAAUUUUGAAAUAUUUUGAGAAACGAAACUAUGGGCGAUAUUUGAGCUGGGGAACUUCAAGUGGAAGACAUUGAUAGCCCUGCCGCUAACUGCAUUUUAGCCAUACUUUUAAAUACAUUGCGAACUAAAUCAUUUUUAACAAUUGAUAAAUUGUAUUACUAAAUUAAUUAAAUCAGUGUUAUUUCUCAACAAAAGUGACAAAGUAGGCAUACUUUUUAGGUUACAGUUAGGUCUAUAAUUUAGACCUAUGACAUGAGUGAGAUGAUAAAACAGUUCUACGAAUUAGUUAGCUGACUACUCUAAGUAAGUCUUAUCUCUUAUGAAUUCCAAUUAAUUAUAAUUUCAUAUGGAUCUAAAAAAAGUGAAUUCUAAAAUUAUGAUGUAAAAAUUAAAAAAGAAAUGAAUAUGCCUAGCCUAGACCUAGGCCUAUUAAUUAAUUAAAAUAAAUUAUUGCUGACCCUUGCAAAGUUCAAGUUAUUGAAUUAGUGAAUUGGUAAAAGUCUACUGACAUAUUUUGUUAAUAAAUAAUUCUGUUACCCUAAUCCCUAUCAUGAAACUAAUAAAAUUAGACCUACUUUCAAAUCAUCUCAGUGUUAUCUUCCCAAUGUCAGUCUGGUUGCCAUUAGAAAAGUUUAUUAGUUGAUUUUCAUUUUGAAAGCAAAUUGUAGACACUUGAAAAAAUUGAACAAGCACAUGAACAGAAAGAGUAAACUGCUAAUAAAACGUCACACACUUUUUUUAAAACAGAUGUUACAGAAGACAUACAUAGUUUAGAUUUAGUUUCAUGGAUAUUGACUGUUAACAUCCAAAAUAUUUUCUAAAAAUUUUGUAAAGCGGUGUGCAAAGUUAAAAAUAAAAAAGGUCAACACAGUAUGUUAUCUUUUAAGUUUAAGAAAAUAGUUAACACUUUAAUUUUAAAAUUAGAUUUGAUCCAUACAUUUAUUUAGAAAUUUAGAUUUCAUUUGUACUUGUGAACUAACCUCCCAUGAAAAUUACCAACCAUAAUAAAUUCCAUUGCAGUAUGUUUUCCAAUUUGUUAGUUAAGUAUUUUUAGAGUAUAUUAACAUUCCAGAACAGCAAUUCAUAUUCAUUAUUAAAAAUUGCAGUUGGUGGUAUCUAUACUGUCAUCAAAACAAAAGCACCAGUAACAGUGGAAGAAUGGGGGGAACAGUACUGCCUGAUAGGGCCCUAUAAUGAAGCCUGUGUGCGUACAGAGGUUGAGAUUUUAGAACCCCAUCACCAUGUGUAUCGAGAAACUAUUGGAAAUAUGAGAAAGGCUGGCAUCAAGGUAAUUCUUUACGAAUGUCUUCAGGAUCAGUGUUUUACAAAGUUGUCUGCUCAGACCGGCACAGUUUCGUGAGCCUGCUGAUGCUCGUCCGCACAACAUUAAUAUUUAUUGUAAAAUAAAGAGGAAUGUGUCCAAAGGCGUGCCAAACUUCUAGACUGCAGCAAUAUAAUUAAUUUUAAAUGCCAUGGGCUUGUUAAAACUUUUUUUAAAAAUAAUUUUUUACAAACUUAAUACAGUGGUACCUCGAUACGAAUUUUAAUUCUAAAAUUCGUUCCGUAAUCUUGCACGUAAGUCAAUUUGCUCAUAUCGCAAAGAAAUUUUCCCCAUUGAAAUUAAUAGAAAUGCCAUUAAUCCGUUCCAGCCACGAAAAUGCCACCUCAGUUGUUUUUGUUACGUGUUUUUGAAUUAGAAAAAUGUUUUUAUAGAUGACAAAUAUUGUAUAAAAACAUAAUAAAAGAGAAUGUAAAGAAAUAAACUGGUUUUAUAAAGUGUAUUUACCUUGGAAAUCAGCUGACUUGAGCUUACAGAAGGUGCUGGUGGAGGAGAUAGGCAAAGGAACUUCACUUCAUUCACUUGCUGGCUACACUGUUAAUGCUAAACUCUUUCGGUCACUUUAAUUCACUUACUUGUUAAAAUCUUUAUGCUACACUUUAUCCAUAAAAUUAAUGGAACUUAACCAAACUUCAAUGCCACUGUACAAUUUUUUAAACCUUUCGCUAAAUUUUCAUCACUGCAGCCGGCUGACCGGGUUCCUCGUAUCUUAAAUAUUUCUUGUAUCUCAAAGCAAAACAUUGCUUGCUCGAUGGCUCAUAUCUCAAAAAUCUUGUAUGUCAGGGCACUCGUAUGUCGAGGUACCACUGUACUUGUUUUAUUUCUUAAUCUAUCAUAAAUGUCUCAGUGGAUAAAUUUGGGCUUUAUAGUUGUUAAACGUAUACACUUUACCAAGAUUUAACUGUAUAAAAAGUAGGUAUUGAUAUAUAAUGUAGGUAUUCAUAUAUAAAGUAAGUAUUCAGUUUUUGGAUUCAAUGUAUUUUAUUUGAACUGUUUCCAUUAAGGUAUAUUUCGGUCGUUGGCUGAUUGAUGGCUACCCCAAAGUAGUUCUGUUUGACAUUGGUUCUGCUGCUUGGAAACUAGAUGAGUUCAAGCAUGAGCUUUGGGAGACAGCUAACAUCGGUGUCCCUUGGCAUGAUAGGGAAUCCAACGAUGCUGUUAUAUUUGGGGCAUUAGUGGCAUGGUUCCUCGGAGAUGUAAGUAUAUAUAUCAUUCAAUAAAUAAAAAAAAACAAUUUAUAAAAAUGGGAUAAUGAAAAAAUAAUCCUCCUUAAUUAAAUUUUUAAUGUUAUACCUUUUUUCAUAAAAGUAGUUUAAGCAUGCAGAAUUGCAACUUGAUGUCAUAUCUGAAGUUAAUUUUAUUUUUAUUUGAUAAAGGGAUUCAAAAUUUAUAAUUCAUAUAAGUAGAGAUAGACUGAUGUACUAAAAGAGCUUGGGAUUUGUUUGGACCUAAUAUCAAAUUGUGGGAGACUGAUGUACUAAUAGAGCUUAGGAUUUGUUUUGACUUAAUAUAAUAUCAAAUUGUGGGAUAUGGGUUAACUUAUAACUGUCCAGCACCCACGAAAAAAAAUCCAUAUCACCCCAAACCUAAGGGGAAUAGCAAUUUAUUACUUAUUUCUAAAAUGUUCUUGAUUUAAAUUGUUUGAAGUAAAUUCCAAAACAUCAAACCUCAAAGAAAAAUGAAUUUUAUGGCAAUAUUUGUUUGUGUCUAUUUACUAAGUUAUAAACUACCAGAAAAGUAAAUGUAUGCCGAAGAAUAUGAAAGAAAUGAUUUCAGCUAACAAUUUUGUAUAAUUUAUGUGAAGAUUCAAACUAAGUCAAGUUUUUCAAUAUUUCAGAUGUUCCCAUAUUUACUCCAUAUGAAUAACAUGUUUAUGGUUAAAAAAGUUCAAUUUCAUUGCAUAUAAAGUUAGCCAUAUGAGACAGAAGGUCAUCAGCAAGCAGUGCUGGGAAAAGUGUACAUGCGAGGGGGGGGGGGUGUUGAUGGAAAUUGUAGUUAGUGGUUGUGUUUUAACAAAAAAAGAAGUUUUUAAAAUGAUUAUUACACUUCCAGUUUAUUAAAAACACCCACGGUGAUCCAAUGGUGACAGCCCAUUUCCAUGAAUGGCUUGCUGGAGCUGGUUUAAUUUACACAAGAACUCGUAAAAUUAAUGCAGCCCUCAUCUUCACAACACAUGCAACACUCCUCGGUAGAUACUUGUGUGCUGGCAGUGCAGAUUUUUACAAUAAUCUCGACAAGGUGAGCUCUUAUUUUUUUCAUAUACUGGUUCUCAUAGCUCAAAACAUUUAUUAUAGCAUGUCAUUAAGUUCACCAUUUUGAUUUUUAAAAGGAUAGAGUUGACAAGAAUACUUUCAGAUAAAUCAACUGAUUCUAAAAAAGAUGACUUUUGUGUCAUUAAUACAAAAAAGCAGAUUUCAAAUUUAAAUUAGCAACACUAAAUGGUCAUUAUGUUUUAUUAAAGUUAAUUUCUUUUAAUCUUUAAUAUUAUUGCUAAAAUGCUAAUUAAAGAUUUGUGUAUCUGUUAGCCCUGAGUUGAUGUUAAAGCGUAAUAAUUCAUUUACUAACUCUGUGUACCGGUAACAGUUUAACCUGGACAAAGAAGCUGGUGAUCGCCAAAUCUAUCAUCGUUACUGUAUGGAGCGAGCAGCUGUUCAUUGCUCUCACACUUUCACCACAGUCUCAGAAAUAACUGGAGUAGAAGCUGAACAUCUACUGAAAAGAAAACCAGGUAAGGAUUCCAAUAAGAACUAUUUAUUUCAUACUUCAUUUUGAUUUAAUUUUUUUUUAAAGUUAGUUUUCAUAUUUUUCAAGGACUUUCAACUGAAUUCUGGUAAUAAAAUUUGCAAUUUAAUUUUAUCAUUUCUGUAUAUAUUUUUGUCUUGAAAAGGGAAUAAUGUUAAAAGCCAUACUGCCAUCAAAGAAUUCAUUUUUGUUUAAAAAUAAGAAUUUCUUUGAUAAUUUUUUUUGGAUAUAAUUUAACUAGUUACAUUUUUAAUGACAGAACUUAAUGAUUGAUAAUGGCAAACUUUCCAAUCAUGACAUAGCAUUCAGUAUGAUAAUUAUGUUUUAUAGUUGUUUUGAUGAUAUUCAUGAAUCUUGAUUUAUUGAUUUUUUAAUGUUUUUUUUAGAUGUCAUCACACCAAAUGGUCUAAAUGUAGUGAAAUUCAGUGCAUUACAUGAGUUCCAAAAUUUGCAUGCCAUUAAUAAAGAAAAAAUCAAUGACUUUGUUAGAGGACACUUUUAUGGGUAAGUUAUUAAAAUGUGCUGUGAGACUAAUUCUGUUAAUAAAAAAUAUUUUUUUGAUUGAUAAAAAACUUAAUUGAUCAUAUUAUCUACUCAAUCAUGCAAGGCCCUAGACAUUGUGGCUUUGAUCUGGCAAAGGGGAUAAGAUAUAACUUAUAUUAUAAGCAGCAAACACCCCCCCCCCACCCCCAAUAAAGACAAGUUAAAGAUUUUAGAGUGAAGGUCAAAGGUAAAGAUUUCAGUUAUUUGUUUAUUUGCUGUCAUUGCUUUAAUUUAUGUGAAUUUCUUUGUGGUUUACACUUUGUACUAUCCUUGUGCUAUCUUGUUUCUAUCCUGAUGCUAUCCUGUUAAUGUCCUGGUGCUAUCCUGGUAGUUCCUUUACAACUAAUUCAAAUAUUAAUCUUGAUCUUAAUUUACUCAAUUGGUGUUGAAAGUAUUUUAUGAAAUGCAUUUUUAUACUUACUUAUGGUUUAUGUCACACCUAAAAUGCAAUUUACAUUUUACACUCUAUGGGGUUUAACAACUUAUAGUGGUAUUAUUGAAAUGCAUUACCAUUUAUGAUAUACAAGUUUAACUGAUCUACUUUCCUCCUUUCAGACACUAUGAUUUUGAUUUAGACAAAACUCUGUACCUCUUUACAGCAGGUCGUUAUGAGUUUUCUAACAAAGGAGCAGACAUGUUUAUAGAAGCCUUAGCAAGGCUUAACUAUUACCUUAAGGUAAUUAGCCUUUAGUUAAUUUAAAGUGUUUAAGAUGUAAAUACUGCGGAGUGUUUUAGCAGAAAGAUCUUUAAAACCAGAAAUUUGACAUUCUGUUUUUCUGACCGCAGGUACAUUAAACUUGGGUUGUAGUAAAGGAAUUCUUUCAUGUUUCUUUGUUUAUAAAAGUGUUGCUAGAGAAUUAUUUUAUGCAUUAUUGUAAACUGAUUUUUUCAAUAUAAAACUUGAAUAGUAUAAAUCAACAUAAAUUGAUUAUAAAUAACUGCAUUACAAAAUUAUUGGAAGCUAUUUUUUGUAAAUACUAUUUUUUUGUAUACAUUUUUUUAAGAACGGGGAACUUUUAACAGUUUAAUAUUGUAAAAUAUUUGACCAUUGUAUGAACUUAAAACCAAUAUUCAUAGCUUAAAAUUUUUCCAUGCAGUCGUGUAAUAGUGAUGUGACCAUUGUGGCGUUCCUCAUCUUUCCGGCCAGGACUAAUAAUUUCAAUGUGGAAUCGCUCAGGGGUCAGGCCAUUGCUAAGCAACUUAAAGACACUGUCAACAAUGUACAAAACCAGAUCGGACGGAGACUUUUUGAUAUUUGUUUGAGGUCAGCUAUUUACGAUGAAGUGUUACAAAAAUAAUAUAUUCACUGCCCAAAGCAAACUGUAAAAAGACUUAUCUUCAAGAAAAAGAGUCUAAGUUUUCUUAGUAACAUCAUUAUUAAUGUUGCUAAUGAAAAGUCAUGUAACAAAUCAAUAGUAUCACUAUGGACAGCUUUAAUAAUGAAAAUAUUGAUUAAUUGCUUAUGAGUAAUUUAUGUAAUAGUAUUAGUAGGAAGAAAGUUUUUUAAAGAUUUUUCUUAAUAGGACAUGUUAAAUAUAUUAAAUUAAAUUGAUCAAAUCCCCUAAAAUGUGAUGUGCUUAUCAGGGGAAGCCUACCAAGUGGUGAUGAUAUCCUUGUUCAAGAUGAUAUUGUGAAACUCAAGAGAUGCAUUUACGCUGCCCAAGUAUGUUAUAAAACUAAUUAGAUUAAAUGCAGCAUCAAUUUUUAGCAACUAAUUCAAUAAUUACUAACUUGUGUUAAGAUUUUAAAAAAUUUUGCUUAUUUCUAGCUCUGGGUAAAUUAUGGUUUCCCAUUUCAUGAUUUAAAAAAUGUGGCUUUUACUUUUUAUUUUUAAUGUAUUUAAAAUAUAUAGCUUAAUGUUAUUUCAGUGUAUUUUUAAAAACAAAUUAACCUUUGAAGUAAAAUAAAACUACAGUUCUUUUUGUCAUGAACAGAGAAACAGUCUUCCUCCCAUCUGCACACAUAAUGUAGUAGAUGAUUCAAAUGAUCAGGUCCUUAACCAGAUUAGACGGUGUAAUCUUUUCAACAAUCGCCAUGACAGAGUCAAAGUAAGAGGUUUCAGAAUUUUAACAUUUUUAUGUCCAUUUAAUUAACCUUAAUAAUAUAGUUGCUAGGUUUGCUGAAUUAAAGACUCUUUAAAAACUAUGACUUAAUCUAUUUUUUAAAUUAGCAUUUUUACCAUUUUAUUUUGGAACAGUGGACACUGAUAAUUUAUUAUUUAAACAAUGUUAUAAAUCCUAUUUGUCAAUUGUAGUAGCCUCUGAUUGUCAGUUAACUAACUUGUUUGAAGUCAGAUUAUUUGACCGUAAAAGAAAUCAAUUUUCCCCUUUUUAUUGCUUAUUUCCUUUUACCCAACAUGAUCGCAGUCCCCCCCCCCCAAUACAUUACAACAACAAGGAGUUACAUUUAAAAUUAAUAUGUUAUCAUUAUUUUUAGAUUGUUUUCCAUCCAGAGUUCUACCCCCUUUUAUUUCUUAUUUCCCUUUAACCAACAUGAUCGCAGUCCCCCCCCCCCCCAAUACAUUACAACAACAAGGAGUUACAUUUAAAAUUAAUAUGUUAUCAUUAUUUUUAGAUUGUUUUCCAUCCAGAGUUCUUAAACUCUACCAAUCCACUGUUUGCAUUGGAUUACGAAGACUUUGUGAGAGGCUGCCACCUUGGAGUCUUCCCUAGCUACUAUGAGCCAUGGGGCUACACACCAGGUACUUCAGCAUGACAUUGACAUUGGUGACACAAUCAUUGGCUUGUAAGGCUUAACCAGUGCACAUUUAUUUGCGUUUUUUUAUAACAAGAGACUACAGCAAAAAUUAAGAAUCAACAUUUUGUCGUUACUCAUUUCAUAUCUCUCAUUCUGUUAGCCAAAGAUAGAAAAUGGUUUAAAACGGUUAUACAUUUUUUUUAUUCCCUGCUGCCUUAAAAGUCUGAUUAUAUUUUUCUGCAAUAAUUUCUUUACAGUUAAGAUUUCAAAUGCCCUCUUUCGGUAUUUGAUUGUAAAAUCCUGAUAAUCUUUAUGUCGCAAUCUUUUUGUUUUAACGCUAUCUUUUUGACCCUUAGAUAUUACAGGGACCUUCACAAGUCUUAUUUGUUAAAAUCAAGCAUUUUAAUGCUGUUUAUCUUGAUUAGUACUCAAUUGCUUUUUUUCAGCUGAGUGCACUGUGAUGGGUAUUCCUAGCAUAACAACAAAUCUAUCUGGGUUUGGCUGCUUCAUGCAGGACCAUAUUGUUGAUCCUAAGUCUUAUGGAAUAUACAUUGUAGACCGAAGGUAUAAAAGCCCAGAGGAUUCUGUACGAGAACUAGCACAGGUAAAAUGGUCCGUUCAAAAUGAUUGAGAUUUUUAUUCAAAUAAUUCUGUGUGCUUAAAAAUUGCUAUUUUAAUUUUAAUGUUGAUUGUAAAUAUUACUCGAUGCAUUGACGCCAAUCCCCCUUAGUAUAUUUAGCUUUAUUAUAAUACAUUAAAUAUAUCCAAACAAUAUAAAUCAUAUAAAUAGGAUUAUUGAAUGACAUGUUUCUGGCUCACUCUGUUUUACCACCAUUUAUUUAGACUACUGGCAUUCCAUAGUGUAACUAUACCUAGCACCUAAGGCACCAGAGCCACUUUCAGAGCCUGCUGGUGCUGAUAAUCAAGUGAAGAUGGAAUGAAUGAUUGAUAAUAGCACGAUUUGUAGUUUUUUAAAUUUGCGAAAACUUACAGAAAUGGGUACAUGAAUAUAUUUAUUGUCAUAUGUAACUCUUUAAGUGAAUAAACUUGAUUUUAAUAGUGUUUUUAUUUGUAUUAUUUGUUCCACUUGACAGUAUAUGUUUGAUUUUGCAUGCCUGUCACGGCGACAGAGGAUCAUCCAGAGAAAUCGAACGGAACGGCUAAGUGAGAUGCUAGACUGGAGAAAUUUAGGAGUUGUAAGUUUUGUACAGUUUAGGUCUUAGAUGUGAUGAGUGUACCAGGCGUUUAGAAAAGUUUUUUGUUUGUUUUUGGAGGCAUUUGUUUUAUGUACUGUUGAGUAAUUAGGCAAUCUUCAGAUAUUAUGUUGGUAUUCUAUUUCAAUUAAAGGUUUAACUUUUUUUUCUUCAUCAAUGCGAUUUGAUCCAUGCAGUUCAAGAAUUUUGGAAAAUUAUUUUAUUGUUUAAAAACAUGUAUUUUUUCUGGAAUGCCAUCUCAAAAAUUAACCUUUUAAUAUUUGUAGUAUUAUCGCAAAGCAAGAAAUCAAGCCCUCUCAAAGGUUUUUGGAGAAAGAGCUGGUGUGGAUAUAGCUACAGUAAGUUAUGACAAUGUCAAUAAAAUUGUAGAUAAACUCAUGCUCAAUGAGUAUAACUAAAUAUUUAUCAUAUGGAUCCCUGGGUUAUAUGUAAAAGAAUCAGACAUUUUAUUUUUCUCAAAUUUCUUCUGUGAUAAUUGAUUUUAACCUUACCUAAAGGAAUAGAUCGACCCAGAUAUCUCUUCAUCAGACUGAUAUGGAAAACCUUAUGUCCACUAUUAAGUUUGUUUCUGUCAUAGGUAAAGAUAAAAUAAAUGGACACGUUAUUGGAGUAUUAAUCCCAGGCUUACUCUCAAUGAAAUGAGGGUGGGACAUUGGACUGUUAUUUAUCAUUUAAAUGUUUAAUAUAGUUUCAAUUUAAUUAUUUUAAACAGAGAAUUAUUAUUGACAUUAUUAUUGAAUACUUACUGAACACUUAUUGAUGUCAUUAUUUUUAACAUUGAAGGAGAAGAAAGACUUCAAAAUGAUGAAGCCUGCGUCUGCACCUCCUUCCCCAUCAUCAACCCGGGCCUCAACCCCUCAGGUUAGUGAUGUGGAGGACGAUGAUGACACACAUCUUUAUGACGAUGAGGAAGAGGCUGGAAUCCAGUUCAAGGCGGAAAAGCCUGCUACAGCUGCGGUAUCAUCUGCUUGAUGCAAAGAAGCAAACUAGGUUGAAAAUGUUUAGGGGCAUAAUGAACACUAAAAACCCAUUGAAAGUUUUAGUUGACUAGUUUUGAAUUUGAAUCUCAGGAACUGAUAGAACACCAGCUGCCAUUUGACAUGCCAAGAUCAUGUUUGAAUGAGUGGGUUUAAAAGUACUAAAUAUGUUUUUAAAAGAUGCACAGGUGAAAAAAGUGCCCUAUACCAUUUAGUUUGCAUUAACUGCGUAAAACUUAAAUCAGAAAGAUAUGUUGGAAUUUUUGUUCUGAAAUGGGUUGACGUCUGAAUGUGUAUCAGAUCGAUUUUAGAAAAAGUUAUUAAAAAAAACAAAUGUGCUGUGGAUGGCUUGGAGCUGUCUAAAAGUUAUGUGGGUACUUUACAUUUUCAUUUCAUAUGAAAUCUGAUGAGGGAGAGACUGUACUAAUUGUCAUGAAUUUGAUUUUUGAAAAGGCGUGUGAUAUAUAUAAAUAAAUCACUUAUUUUUGAGUUUAGAAGAAGCAACAAUUCAAGAUAUAUUUCUUUAGAAAUAUGUUGCCCUUUUACAAAAUAUUGUCUGAUAGUAAAAGAAGAAACCGAAUGGUUUAUCAAUCAGAAUCACAUUCAUAUAAAUAUACUUAUGUCAUUGAUCAAAUAAAGGGUAUUUUAAAAAGAAAUUUAAACAUUAAAAAGUACUUAUUAGGUCAACCAUGAAACAAAAAAAUGAAAUGACUUUUAACAAUAAUUAUUCUAAUAUUGUGUUAUAAUAAUCUUUCUAUUCAUAUACAACUGAUUUUACAUGACUUUACUUUCCCAAAUGUAUUCAGAUAUAUAUAUUGGUGAUGUUUACUGCAAUUUAAACUAAAUGAAGACAUGAAAUUAUGAUAUAAAAAAACUCAAGAAUUACAAUUUACAUCAUUUCCUUAUGAAGAACUUUUUACAUUGUUCAGUAAUUGUUGAUUCCUGAAUGCAAAUAUUUAACUAAUGAUAAUAUAAUUAAAUUAACAAAAAGAACCCAAAAAAAAAAAAAAAAAAAAAAAAAAAAAAAAAAAAAAAAAAUAAAAAAAACUCAAGAAUUACAAUUUACAUCAUUUCCUUAUGAAGAACUUUUUACAUUGUUCAGUAAUUGUUGAUUCCUGAAUGCAAAUAUUUAACUAAUGAUAAAAUAAUUAAAUUAACAAAAAGAACCCAAAAAAAAAAAAAAAAAAAACCAGACAAAGUUAGAAUGGACAUUGACAAUGAAUCCUCUGAAGUGCUCAAAUAGUCAAGAACUUGAUGUGUUACAGCAAAGGUUUCCAUGCACUUAAAUGUUGUUUUUUUUAGUAUUCAGCCUGUUAGCUUUAACAGUCGGGGCGAUGAGACAAGGUUUUAGUUUAAUAAAAGAAUGCCUGUUAGUGUAAGAUUUAUUACUUGGGAUGUGUAAGACAGGCUGUCAGUUGAUUAAUUUAGGUGUAUAAUAAUAAUCAUGGCUGUUAGUUUUUUCACUUGGAAGUGUGUAAGAAGGGAAAUGUAAAAAAUUAAUAAUGCAUCAUUAACAAAAAUCAAAGUUUAAGUCUUUUUUUAAUGUACCAAUAAUAUAGCUUUUUGUUUGAUCUCCAUAAAAGUUGUAUUAUGUUCAAUGGCACCAAAGAAACAAGACAAAGUGUGUGAAGAUAUUUUCUGCUUGCAAUAUUUUAUUUUAUUUAAUCAGAUGUGUAUCCCUAAAGCACUCUAAUAAGUGAUUACCACAAAAACUAGUCUGUAGCUGUUCCAUGGCUACUAGUUUUAUGACUGAUAAGUUAUUUCUAGUAUAUUUCUAUUAGAGCUCUGUAGGGAUUCAAUGAAUGUACACUAUGUUUACAAAUGUCAAAAAAUAAAUAUUUUUUAAAAAGUGAAUAUAUUGAUUGAUUCUAUUAAUAUUUAUAAUAAAUGGUUGUUGAGAAAUGUGAAAUGGUUUUUAUUUGUGCCUGUUUAUACCCCAGGAGUAUUACAUACAAGCUUCCCAUAUAAAAACACUAACUUUUACUUUCCAAAACCCUAGAGGAUGAUGUCUAAAUGACAAUCAUGUUCAUAUU